CCCAAUUGCACGGGUCCAAAUCUAGUGAAUCGGCAAGCGACACCGUCAUCAAUCCACCCGCCCACGUUUCUACGACCUCGUGCCCGCCGACGAUGAUCAAUGAAUCAUCUCAAAUCUCAAAUCUUUUCCUCUCGUUGACCGGCUCGCCCUUCUGAAUCGCCAGAUUCAUUUUCAACCCAUCACAUGGCGUUCCCGCUUGUUCCCUUCUUCUUGGCUAAACAGGGCGAUAAGAGAGUUUCAAACUCUUCUAACUUUCCUUCCGUCUUGGCCCGGCAAACCUCUCUCACUCUCCAUCGUCUCCCAAAAAACAAAAACAAAAACACAACCCACUUGCUUCUCUUUCUCAGCUCAUAUAUCGGGCCCCUCGUUUUAGUCUCCGAUGUGUCCGAGACAUUCCAACAAGGAAAGUAAGGGAGCCAUUGGAUCCGCCAUUGUUGCUCUCUGCUCCUUCCUCGAGCUAUUUUAAUCGUUUAUGGGCAUUUUCCGGACGACCCAGAAUAGCUUCCGUGCUGCUGCUGCCAUUCCUCGAUUCAAACGUCGUUCUUCCAUAACGUCUGCAGCCAUGAACAGAGAAAGAAAGAUUCUCGGCAUUUCCCUUUCCCUCAUUCUCAUCAACAUGGCUUCAAUAAUGGAGAAGGCGGACGAGAAUCUCCUCCCGUCCGUCUACAAAGAAGUCAGUGAAGCCUUCAACGCCGGCCCAUCAGAUUUAGGGUACCUUACUUUCAUAAGGAACUUCGUCCAGGGACUCGCUUCGCCCUUGGCGGGGAUUCUAGUCAUAAACUACGACCGCCCCACGAUCCUCGCAAUAGGGACUUUCUGCUGGGCGCUAUCCACCGCUGCAGUUGGCGCUAGCCGCUACUUCGUGCAGGUGGCGUUUUGGAGGGCAAUUAAUGGGUUUGGGUUGGCGAUUGUCAUUCCAGCGCUGCAGUCUUUCAUUGCUGAUAGCUACGGGGAUGCAGUGAGGGGCACCGGGUUCGGAUUGGUGAGCCUUAUUGGGAGCUUGGGUGGGAUCGGAGGUGGUGUCAUGGCAACGAUCAUGGCUGGCCAGGAGUUUUGGGGCGUGCCAGGAUGGAGAUUCGCGUUUAUGAUGAUGGCAACGUUGAGUUCGGUGAUUGGUUUACUUGUUUUCAUGUUUGUUAUCGAUCCAAGGAAAGGAAUGGCUUCUGCUGCUGGUGCUCGCAACAGCAGUGAGAGUUCUGGCAGGGAUGAGCUGAUAGAAAAGAGCCAUACCAGUGCAGUAGCAUCUGUAUGGCUAGAGUCAUGGAGAUCCAUAUUAGCUGUUCUGAAAGUGAAGACAUUUCAGGUCAUAGUGUUGCAGGGAGUUGUUGGCUCUCUGCCAUGGACCGCCAUGGUGUUCUUCACGUUGUGGUUCGAACUCAUCGGUUUUGAUCAUAACAAAACAGCAGCCCUCCUAAGCCUAUUCGCCUUUGGAUGUGCGUCAGGGAGCCUGGUGGGCGGUCUAGUCGCAGACCGGAUGUCGCGCCUUUACCCGCAAGGAGGCCGGAUCAUGUGCGCCCAGUUCAGUGCCUUCAUGGGGAUACCGUUCUCAUGGUUUCUCCUCAAAGUCAUUCCUCAGUCGGUGGACAGCUACUCCACCUUCGCCGUCACCCUUUUCCUGAUGGGCCUAACAAUCAGCUGGUGUGCGACGGCUGCCAAUGGCCCGAUGUUUGCCGAGGUUGUCCCCACAAAGCACAGGACCAUGAUCUAUGCCUUUGAUCGUGCGUUCGAGGUUUCCUUCUCGUCUUUUGCUGCUCCGUUGGUUGGAAUACUGUCGGAGAAGACGUUCGGUUACGACGUGAAGGGGAUUGAUCCUAUCAAAGGGUCGGUAAGAGAGGCCGCUGCUCUGUCCAAGGGGCUGCUUUCUAUGAUGGCUGUUCCUUUUGGGUUGUGUUGCUUGUCUUACACUCCAUUGUACUGGUUCUUUAAGCAGGAUAGAGAGAAUGCUAAAUUGGCCAGUGCCAAAGACAUCCAAAUGAGUGAUAAGCCGUAGAUCUUCUUUGUAAAUACUAUUGUAAGUUUUAUCUAUUCCGCGGCAUUUCCACUGACGAAAUUUGACAAUCAAAUUUGGUUCCUAUGCUUUCUCCGACCAUUCUAGUGUUCGGAAUGGCCGAUAAUGGUUUAUCGGAUUUGAUGGUAUUGACAUAUCACAAC